AUGGACGUUGAGAAUCGUCUUAAGGCUUAUCGCUUCGUCGCCUACUCGGCUGUUACCUUCUCGGUUGUGGCCGUGCUUUCAGUAUGCGUCACCUUGCCCAUGGUGUACAACUACGUGCACUCCGUGCGCAAGCAAAUGCACAAUGAAAUUGUGUACUGCAAGGUGGGUUAUUGGGUGUAUUGGGGCCAUAAUUUAUUUUUUUUGAAAUUAUUUUUACAAAUCUUAAAUUUUUUUACUACUACAAUAUCCUCCUGCUACGGUAAAACCACCUUUAACCAAACAAUCUUCAGGGAUCCGCCAAGAACAUCUGGGCCGAAGUCAACGAAAUGAGACAAAACCCAAUGGGCGCCCAAAACAGAACCGCUCGUCAGUCCGGCUACGGAGACUCCGGAGUCGGCGGCGGCCCAGCCGCCAACGGUGGAGCUGCUGCUGGAGGCAGCUGCGACAACUGCUGCUUGCCCGGUCCACCAGGUCCAGCCGGUACCCCCGGUAAACCAGGAAAGCCCGGUAAGCCAGGUGCUCCAGGUCUUCCAGGAAACCCAGGAAAACCACCAGCUCAACCAUGUGAACCAGUCACCCCACCACCAUGCAAACCAUGCCCAGCUGGACCACCCGGCCCACAAGGACCACCAGGCCCACCAGGAGACGCCGGAGCCCCAGGACAGCCAGGAAACCCAGGGGCCGACGCCCCACCAGGCGAGCCAGGACCAAAGGGACCACCCGGACAACCAGGACAGCCAGGUCAACCCGGUGCCCCAGGAGAGCCAGGAGCUCCAGCCGUUUCGGAACCAAUCGUCCCAGGCCCACCAGGACCACCAGGAGACCAAGGACCAGCAGGACCACCAGGCCCACCAGGACAGCCAGGAGCCGACGCCGGACCAGGACCAGCCGGACCAAAGGGACCACCUGGCCCACCAGGACCACCCGGAAACGACGGUCAGCCCGGUCAACCAGGUCAAGCCGGUCCAUCCGGACAGCCUGGAGAGAAGGGUAUCUGCCCCAAGUACUGCGCCAUCGACGGUGGAGUGUUCUUCGAGGACGGAACCAGACGUCGUUAA